AUGUCUGUCUUUUGCCCUCUCGGCACUGAAGAGCAGGCUACAUUUGCAGUGGACCUCGCAGCCCAAGGCUUUCAGUUCUUCGAAGACUGCUUCGGCCUACCAUACCCGCUCCCAAAGCUCGAUUUGAUCGCCCUUCCAGAAUUCUCCACGCACACGCGGUCUUGGGGAGCAAUCAUCUUCAGCGCAGCAAACCUUUUGCUCGACCCAGAAGGCUCUACUCUAGAUAAGAAGAAGAGUGUCGCAGAGGUAAUCCUCCGUGAGAUCUCUUACAUGUGGAUCGGUAACCUGGUUAGAAUGAGAUCCUGGGAUGCCCUGUGGAUGGAGGAAAGUUUCGCUACUUUUAUGUCGUGGUACGCGGCAGACAAGAUGUUUCCAAGCUGGCAUUUCUGGCAUUCCUACAUCGCCAAUAUCCUUCAGGAAGCGCUGAGCCAAGACUCCCUUGACGGCAGUUAUGCAGUCGUCGACGCGGAGCGGCUAUAUGACGAGAUCUCUUUUCAGAAGGGCUCGUGUAUCUUUUGGAUGGUUCUACACAAUCUGCGCGACACCAAAUUCUUCGACGGCGUGAAGCUGUAUCUCAGACGACACCAGUUCCAGCACACCAGGCCGAAUGACCUUUGGAUGGCCUGGGAGGAGGUUACCGGCGAACCUAUGGCAGCGAGAAUGAGUGUCUGGACCAAGGAGGCCGGUUUCCCACUCGUUCGAGUGUCUGAGAUUCUCGACGAGAGUGGCGGUGUUCGACUCUUCCAGCAACGCUUCUUGGCCAGCGGUGUGGCAAAGGAAGAGGAUGCGGCAUCUGAUACAAUCUAUCCACUCAGGAUUGCAAUCCGGCAGCCACACGGAGUCGAAACUGUUGACAUGAAUACAAGGGAGCUCAUUCUUCCUCCCUCUGACGGCCUAUUCAAAGUCAACGUGGACCAUGGGAGCUUCUUUCGCACUUCCUACUCACAUGAACUACUCACAGGUCUACUCGAGGAGGCUUCAAAGGGAAACCUCAGCCUUCGCGACUGCAUCGGAUUAUCGUGCGACCUGGAAGCUUUGGUUGCCGCAGGAGUGAAUAGGACCAGCGAACUGCUCGAUCUCAACGCCAAGUUUGCUAAACUAGACUCAUUCUAUGUUUGGGAAAUUAUCGACCGCAACCUCAGAUCCAUUCAGUCUAUCUACAAGUUUCACGGGCCUGAAUUGAAUGAGGCUCUUCAGAAAUUGACCAGGGACGUUAUCGGUCCCAAGGCUGAGGAACUUGGGUGGACCAUCUCGAAGGAUGAUGACGAGAACCUCAUCACGUUCAAGACAUCGAUGUUCGGUGGUGCGGGCUUUGCAGGACACCCCAGUGUCGUCUCAGCCGCAAAGGAACUCUUUGCAAAACGCAUGGCUGGCGACGAAAAUGCAAUCCCAGAGUUACUAUGGUGUGGGGUCUUUAGAACCGUCGCAGCCCACGGCGGCCUUGAAGAACUCCAAAGCCUCGUCGAUCUCUGGGAGAAUUCCUCCGAUGAGCACGAACAGAAUCAUGCCUUGCAAAGUCUCGGACGGGCAUCCAAUGCUGAGCUUAUGAAAUGGGUUCUCAGCCACCUGCUGACCGACACUGUCAAGAACAAGGACAUGUUCUACCUCAUUUGGCUGAUUCGUGAUACGGCUCAUGGCGCGAUUGAGCUUUGGGAGUGGACCAAGCAUAACUGGGAGAGAGUUGAGGAGCAGGGUCCGGAUGAUAUUGCGCCUGAGUUCCUUAGGCUUGCUCUUGAGGGUCUGCAUACCAAGGAUCAAAUUGAGGACGUGAGAGCAUUCUUUGGCGGGCGCGAUACGAAGAUUCCGAUUGAGCAGAACUUGGAGGGCAUGGAGAACCGGAGAUCGAGGGCUGAACGUGACAUCUCCGAUGUUCGUUCGUGGUUGGAGGUGCAUGGGUAUCUGUAA